CCCGCAAAUUCAUUUUCUCGAAGGACGUUAUUUAUAACUCUUUAUUCCUGUUAAUUAAAGAAAAAAUUUUUCUGCGGACGCUUGAAUUGCUCUAAUCCACUUCCCUACCAUGAUGAAUCGCUUCGGCUUUCGCGCGGCGUCGCGCCACUUCCAGUCGGCGACUCGCCGUCCCACUCCUAUCGCACGGGGACUAGCAGCUCACAACACAUCGACACGAGGCUAUGCAACAUUCAACUGGGAGGAUCCGCUGGCUGCGUCAGAACUGUAUACGGAGGAGGAAUUGGCGAUUCAGAACACAGCCCGGCAAUAUUGCCAGGAGCGAUUGAUGCCCCGAGUGCUGGACGCCUACAGAAACGAAGACUAUGACCGCAAAAUCCUCGAAGAAAUGGGCGAACUGGGCCUCCUGGGCGCGAACCUCCACGGAUACGACUGCGCGGGCGUGAGCACUGUCGCCUACGGAUUGAUCACCAAGGAAGUUGAGCGCGUGGACUCGGGAUACCGCUCUGGAAUGUCAGUACAGGGAUCGCUGGCUAUGACUGGUAUCUACGAAUUCGGCAGCGAGGAACUCAAGCAGCGACUUUUGCCGGGUCUGGCUAAGGGAAAGCUGUCUGGAUGCUUUGGGCUUACAGAGCCCAACCACGGCUCGGACCCUGGGUCGAUGGAAACUGUUGCGAGAGAACAUCCGACACAGAAGGGUGUGUAUUUGCUUUCUGGGUCGAAGACGUGGAUUACCAACUCGCCUAUUGCGGAUGUGAUGCUGGUGUGGGCUAAGUUGCAGAGCACGGGUAAGAUUCGUGGAUUCGUGGUUGAGCGCAGUCGCUGCCCGCCUGGUACGCUGGAGACUCCUCCGAUUAAGAACAAGAGCGCCCUACGCGCGUCGAUCACGGGUAUGAUCCAGAUGGAUGAGUGCCCUGUUCCCGUGGAGAACAUGCUCCCCGACGUCGAGGGUCUCAAGGGUCCGUUUACGUGUCUCAACAGCGCCCGGUUGGGUAUUGCAUUUGGUGCGAUGGGUGCUUUGGAGGAUUGUCUCGCUCGCGCACGGGAGUAUUCGUUGGAGCGCAAGCAGUUCAAGGGCAACCCGUUGGCGAAGUACCAGUUGAUUCAGAAGAAGUUGGCGGAUGCGACUACGGAUGCGGCGUAUGGUACGCUGGCUGCUACGCAGGUUGCGAGGCUGAAGGAUGAGAAGAAGAACACGCCUGAGAUGAUCUCGAUGGUCAAGAGGCAGAACUGUGAUCGGGCCUUGACUAAUGCCAGAGUACUGCAAGAGAUUCUGGGCGGCAAUGCGACCAGUGACGAGUAUCAUAUUGCCCGCCAUGUGGCCAACCUGUUUGUGGUGCAGACCUAUGAGGGCCAGAGUGACAUUCACGCCCUGAUCGUUGGCCGUGCGAUCACCGGUGUCCAGGCGUUUGUUUAGACCGAGCCAUACUAUUUCUUGGCCCAUCUAGUGUAUUAAACAUAAGUGUAUAUAGAACAUAUCAAGCAAAAGCUAUUACUGAUCUGGUAACGUGACCGAUGACAUAGGGCUCCGCUGAUUUGGCCGGUUCCCUGCAUAUACCCGUAGGGCAGGGGUGUCAUGGGUGUUCAUUACAUACUACACUUGGGCAUCCUGGAUUAUAUCCACAUGUAUUAUCACUUAUCAAGAUGCCCUAUAUAUGUGUA